AUGGUCAUUCUUAGGCAUUCCCUCCGUCGAAACACAUCACGGCUCCUCAAUCCCUCAAGAUCAUGUCGCUCAGUCGUGAUAUCUCAGUCACAAUGCGCCAAGCUACUCCAAUGCCAUCAAAUCACUCCCUCCCCUCGAACACCCUCCAUCUCCACUCCUCAUGCCCGUUGGAACUCCACAAGUAAUCGACCAGGACGCCGACUCGGAAAUGCGGAGAUCUCGCACUCAGACGAAACCGCUGACUCAAAAAUUCGGUAUACAAACCAGCUCGAGGCCGACUAUGACCUUGUAUCCGAAGAACAAGAACUUAUAAACGAGGGACUCUUGAAACAUCCAGAACAAGAUAGUCAAGAUAAACAAGAGGAUGUCGAUUACGUGGACUUAUAUGCAAGGUCUCGAGCCGCUGAAUUAGAAGAGGGAAAAGGAAAGAGGAAACGUCGUCUUAAGAAGCUGGAUGAAACCCUUCGGGGAAGAAAUACACCCAGAGGCAGGGAUGCGGAUGAAUCGUUACAGAGUGAAGGAGUACCCGGGGAGACGGUAUCGAGGAGUGUAGCGGAUGAUAGAUUCCGGAGCGAGACCGUCUAUGUUGGGAACUUGUUCUGGGAUCUUACGGCUGAAGAUUUACGGGCGCAUUUUGAGCAGUUUGGGACGGUUGUUGGUACGACCAUUGUCCAUGAUAAUCGCGGAAUCAGUAAAGGAUUCGGAUAUGUUCAAUUCUCAACGAUCGAGGAAGCUAAGGUUGCAAUCGAUGAACAAAACCUGAAGACUCUCAGUGGCCGCACUGUCGUCCUACAGUACGCACGCAAUGAUAUCUGCGACAAUACAAAGUCAGAGACUAUGACACCCAGUCAUACGCUCUACAUAGGCCGUCUACCCUACGAAAUGACCGACCGAGAUCUUCAGGAUCUUUUCUCGAACGUGGUGAAUGUGUUUGAUAUCCGAAUCCCCGUGGAUAGACGCACCGGUGCUCUACGUGGUUUUGCGCAUGUCGAGUUUCUGGAUAUCAAGUCUGCGCAGGUUGGACUUGAGAUCUUGGCUAAUAAGGAGCCGUACGGACGGAAAAUGAAGGUUUGCUUUGCUACUGUGAAAAGGGCGGGUAUGCUUCAUUCGGAACGAUUGAUUGGCAAGUGGGAGGAAAAUGCUAAGAGAGGGGAUGUGGAGAAGGCCGACACCGAGGAGCAAGAACGCAUUAACCAGAGAGUUGCUGCUAGGUUGGCGGCGAUUAAGGAGGUGGGUGCUCCAAAUGGUAUUUUACCUGAAGGUGCUGGUGAAAAAUAA